AUGUCUUCAACUGCCGGUACCGCAACCCCCGUGGCUACGAGCUUCGUCCAAGCCUUGCGAAGCAACGAAACGCUUUAUCAAGCCUACACGACGACUGAUGUGAAUGCCGCUUUGGCAAGCGUUUCCGCCAACGACCUGUCUUUUUGGCAGGGCGACUACAACACCCAGUUCAUCCACGAGGGUUCCACCGGCCCCAGAGUUGUCAUCCAAGCCGGGGUUGUCACAGUUUUGGGGACUCAGAUAAACAAUUACACAUUCAAUAAUUUCACCCUCGCAUGGACGGACAGCACCAACACCAGCAACGGCCAGAUCACCUUCGCCAGCAUGGUCGGUCUCAACCCGCAAAGUGAUCCAACCUCUCCCAGUCUCCAAUCAACUCAGGGCCAAGACGAUACCAGCGCUGGAAUCGCAAACCCAUACAUCGGCCCUCAAUUCCACGGCUUUUUCUGGGCCCAAGGCCGCCAUCAGCCUAGCGACGCCAAUAUCUGGGGUCGCAUGGGGAAAUUCCCAGAACCCACUGCAAAGUGGACCUCCGAUGCCGGAAAUCAAUCGAACGCUAUUCUCAAGAUGAGAGAUGCCACCGUUGCUGCCUCUGAUGCGCCCUUUACCGGUAAUCAAUUUGCAGGUCAGUACUGGGCGAAGAGCGAUCCGCAGCCAGCAACCUACAACUGGUACGGGUACGCGGUCAUUGAGCUCCUCAAGAAGGGGCUUCCUCUUCUUUGGAGGGGCCUCAAAGCUCUCUUCAGGGGCGUCAAUAACUUGUUCCAGAAAUUUCGAGGCAGCGCUCCUGAGCCGACGGAUGCAGAAACCGAGCUAUCGCCAUCUGGGCCUGUCGAGAGUGGGGAGCCAGUCGAAGGAAAACCUGUUGACCCUGCGGAGGGAGGCCCUGAGCCAGACUUGAACAUCGAACCGGCUGGUGACCCAGUUAUCGAACCUCCGGUCAUUGAGCCCCCGAUUGAUCCCGUCAACAUCCCGGAAGUUCCGGCGGAAGAGUGGCUCAUUCCAGAAAUUGAGGGCGGUCUAGUGGAUGUCAUUGAGGGCGGACUCAUUGCCGUUUAG